CGGGCCGCGGGAAAGACCCAGGCCGCAGCUUCUCACGCUCCUGCGGCCUGGCCUUGCCCCUCCUCACCUGGGUGUGAGAUGCAUGCCUCUGAGGUGCUAGGGCUGGACCCCCCAGGCGCCUCGAGGCCCCCAAAGCCUGGGGCGCAAUCUCACAUCCUUUGUGUACUUCCCACCACUCUGUUCCCAUGCCUGCAUCAGCAUCUCAGCUCUCUGCAAAAGUAUCACCUUCUCCGGGGGUCUUCCCUGACUGCCCUGGGAUCAGAAACCCAUACUUUGACCCCUGUGAAGCUCGUUCCAUUUAUUUUUUUUUCUUUGAAACAAAAUCACUCUUUAGCCCAGGCUGCCCUUAAACUUCUGAUCCCCCUGCCUCAGCCUCUCGUGCUGGGAUGACAGAUAUGAAAGUUGUGGCCCAUACCUCUAAUCUCUGCACUCAAGAGAAUGAGGUGGGAAAAGCCCAAGGUCAUAGCCAGUCUGGGCUGGGAAAUCCUGUCUCAACCCUCUCACCCAAAAAGACAAUAGCAGUCGUGUUAACUCCUUACUGUUUGGGCACAGGGGUGUUGUAGAGAGCUCCAGCUUAUCAUAACUAAGGGUUCCCUCCUCAGAACAGGAAGAAAAAAACAUAAUGGGCUUCUGCCACCAGUGUGUAUCAACACCUGUUUUCAGGUCUUUCUGAGUCCUCUCUCCAAUCUCCGAGGGAGAGAUGUUACCAGCAUCCUACUCCAGAAGAGGGAGCUGAAGCCCGGAGUGGUUAAUGGCCUUGCAUGGGGUGCACAGCCACAGAACUGCAGGACAGAGCAAGGAACCUCAAAGUCACUGAAGGGUGUGAUGUCACUAAGUGGAUAAAUGGGGGUCUCAGGAUUCAAAAGACUCCUAAGCCUCUGUCCCCUAGACCUGCCUCCCUUGAUUCUCAUGGUCCCCAUGGAGCAGGCUCAGCCCCACUGGGACGCACAGCAGGCUGGGAGGAGCUGUGGGAUUGGACAGGUCAGCUUGCCUUCCUUCCCUGCUGGGAGCUCCCAGAACCACCUCUGGGCUGCUGGGAGGGGAGAGGGGUGAAAAGCAGACCUCUGAGGACCCAGACUCACACUCUAGACAGCAGGGUCCAUUGCCCGGGACCCUGAGCCCACUCCAAGACUGACUGACGACCGCACAGCUAAGUGAUGCUCUGUCGCCAGUUAACCACGCUGCUGGGUCUGCUCAGUGGGGCGUGGCUACCCACAGGCUCAGGGAGGCCUAGGGUUCCAUCUGCCUCUACUCAGGCCUGGGCUGCUGUCAAUCAGAGCUGGACUCUGGAUCCUCUGGUGCCAGCCUCUGCCCUGGGUAGCUGGAAGGCCUUCUUGAGCCUACAAGACAAACAGCAAGGAGCAGGCGGGCUGCACGGAGGGCAGAGAGAGGCUGCUGGUGUGUCUUUGCCCUUGGUCCCCCAGGAAGUGCUCCAGGAGACAUGUAAAGCUGUGGCCUUCAUUCAGGUGCUCUCCAGGCCUGGCUGCACAGCGGCCAGGGUCCUUAAUCAUCUGUGUUUCGGACAUUGUUCCUCCUUCUACAUUCCCAGCUCGGAUCCCACCCCGGUUGUCCUCUGCAACAGCUGUGUGCCAGCUCAAAAGCGCUGGACGUCGGUGGUGCUGUGGUGUGGGGCUGGCCACGCAGCCUCCCCUCGGCGCGUGAGGACAACUGUCACCCUAGUGCAGAAGUGCCAGUGUGGUCCGAAGCCGUGAGCCGAGUGUCGUGGAGGAUCGCGCAGCAUCUGAACCUCGGAAAGAAACAGGAGCUGCCGUAGAAAGACGUGACCUGAACUAUAUACAUCAGGUCAAGAGAGCAGGGUUAGAAGGACAGACAGACAGGUCCACGAGGUCCUCAUCUUGCUCCUGGAACAUGAGACAUGGUUCCCCAGUCAUGGGUUUAGACCACUAAUAGUCAUAGCAUGUGGGGUGGGGUGUAACUCAGCGGGAAAGGGCUUGCCUGCCAUGCAUGAAGCCCUGGGGUCCAUUCCUAGCACGGGAAUAUGUGGAGGGGAAAAGUGAAAGUUAGCCGUAGUGUGUGAUUCACAGGGCCCUGUGAGGGAGGGACUAUUCCUUCCACAAGCACUAACUCACAUGUCCUCAAGAGUCAAUCCCCAGCCGUCCCGCAGGGUGGGACUUCACCACAGGCCAUUUUGCAGAUGAGGAAACCGAAGCAGCCUUUGAGGCACUCUCACUGUUUUGGAGGGAUGGGGUCGAGACACAGGCCUUGCACAACCCAACACAGCUCCCCGCUGAGCCCCUCCCCCAGCCUGGGGUUCCGCUGCUGACCACCAGGUGGCACUGCGUCUCUCUGUCCGAGCCAGACACUCCUAACUCCUAGGAUGACAGCAUCACCCAAACACGGACACUCAGCAAAGAUGACCCCGUUCUAGGGACACCAGAAAAACAGCAGCAGCAGCAGCAGCAACAACAAAAAAAAA